AUGGUAGUGGAGACUCUUCUUGUAUCGACGGCUGUAAAGACUGUCAGUAUAGUUGGAUCAACCUUAUGGAUCAUUCCUCUGAUCUUAGCUGGACUGACCUACGUCAACUACAACCGAUACGAUCCAGAAUCGCACAUUAUCGAGCCCCGGAGUUUACGGAAAGACUAUGACUUCAUCGUCGUUGGUGGAGGAUCUGCAGGUGCCGUGGUGGCAUCGAGAUUGUCGGAAAUCCAUGAUUGGAAUGUUCUCCUUUUGGAAGCUGGUCCAGACGAAACGGAAAUAACUGACGUGCCAUCCUUAGCAGCUUAUCUACAACUGUCUCGUAUGGACUGGGCUUACAAAACUAUGUAUACGGGACGAGCGUGUUUGGGGAUGAAGAACGGCCAAUGCAACUGGCCUAGAGGCAAAGUGCUCGGCGGUUCUAGCGUACUCAACUACAUGCUUUACAAGCCGGAUGCAGGAGAUAGUAUUGGAAGGGAAAUAGAUAUAAGGAACGAAAGCAGAAAACAAAUCGUUACGGCAAAAAAAGAAGUCGUCAUGUCAGCCGGUUCAAUCAACACCCCCCAAAUCCUCAUGCUAUCUGGCGUUGGCCCUAGAGAGGAACUCGACAAGCACGGUAUCCCGGUAUUGGCAGACUUGAAAGUCGGCGAGAACCUCCAGGACCACGUCGCUAUGGGAGGACUAACGUUUAGGAUCAACAAGCCCGUUUCGAUAGUGCAGGACCGGUUUCAGGCAUUCCCGAUGACGAUGCAGUAUGUCAUGCAUAGAAAAGGACCAAUGACGACACUUGGCGGAGUUGAAGGAUUAGCUUUCGUCAACACCUAUCUAGGUAAGAAGUAA